AUGUUAACUUUAAAAAAUGGUGAAUUGGAACUAAUAAAAAAUGAUUUGGCUGAAAAAAAUUCAGAAAUACGCUCCUUAGAAACUAGACUCAAAGAGCUAUUGCCAUGCAAUAGAUUAUCAUCAAAACAAGUCAAAAUCGGAGGUAAGACAAAUGAAAAAAAUGAUGAUAAUAUAUCAGUUAUGCAGUCUCCGCCAAAGGAUCUGGACUCUUUAUCUCUUGCAAAAUAUUUUGUACGUAAGCCUAGACCCGAAGGGUCAUUGCUUCGCAAUAAGAGAGAGAAUAGUCAAGUAGAUAGAGAUAUCCAAGAAUCUUUGACUCAACAAACAUUAACCAGUUUAAAUGAUAAUAUGCCUAAAGAAUCAGAAAUCUCUAAUGAGAAGCAGAUAAAUAAUGAGCAGAUACGAAGUAACAUUUCUCCCAAAAUAAGCCCAGAGUCAUCGUCACAUAUUAUAUCUAAGAUAAAGAAUAAUAAUAUACCAAUAAGAGAGAUUGAAGCAUUACCUGUUGUGACAUUAGGUGCUGGCGAAGCUUUGAAAAACUCAAAGACAGGAUUACCUCCAAUGAAACUUUUCCUUAUGGAUAUCGAUGAGGCUACAAAGCAUGCUUCAUCACGCUGUAUUGGACAUCCAGCAAUGUCAUGGCCAUUCGCUAAGCUAGUUACAGGAAAAAGUG